AAAAAAGCCCCUUCUGCGUCACUGUGAGGUUCGUGUAACGUUUACGUGCUGGCAAAACAAAUAUCCGACGAGCACGUGAAGGCAGCACUCAGCUGGUAGUUCCCUGAGCAGCAGACGUCGGAGCACGGUACUGACAACUGACAGAAAAUAUACUGCAUCUCAGCAUGGAGGGCGACACUGCUACAGAGGUAGCAGACCACUCGGCGCGCACCUUCUCCCAGGUGGUGUUCAUCGACAUCCCUCAGUCAUACCCACCGUCCACCCACGUCACCUGCAGCUACACCCUCACUGCGGCCUUCCAGCCCAACCCCAGGGACUGGGUGGGCAUCUUUAAGGUGGGGUGGACCACAACAAAGGAUUAUCAUACCUUUGUGUGGGUGGAGCCAUGUCUGGAUGUAGUUGGGGAACAGACAGUGACAAGGCAAGCUUUCUUUAAGGAUUACUACCUGCCAAAAGAUGAGAUCGAGUUUUACCAGUUCUGCUACGUUGACAGCACCGGUCAGGUGCGAGGAGCCAGCACUCCUUUCUGUUUCCGAAGCCCUGCGGAGCAAAGCCUGGAGAGCAACCCGGAUGACGACCUCCUGGUUAUCACAACACAGGACCAAGUCGAGCAGAGCUUGCGCGAGAAAGCUGAAAUGCAGAAAGAGCUGGAUCAGAUAAGGGCUGAAAACGAAACCUUAAAGAGUGCUCUGCUGAGGGAGCAGCAGCAAGCUGCCAGCUUAAAGGGGCAGAAUGAGCAAAACGAGAAAGAAAAAGCCAAACUGGCCACUGAACUGGAUCAAACCAAGCAACAGAUUGAAAUCCUCAGAAGCUCUUGGCAGCAGCAGCUGAAGGAAAAUGACCACUUGAAGGAGGAGAUGGUGAUCCAGAUGACAAAGCAGAUGGAGAUACAGCAGGGUGGCAUCACUGAGAGGAGGGAGCGGAGUUCAUCGAGAACGAGCGAGGAGAAAUACGAUCGAGCUGUGCAGAAGAUCAACCAGCUUAAAGACGAGCGUGAAAAGCUGAAGGAGGCGAUUGAGGCCCAGAGUGAGGAGAUCUCCAAGCUGAAUGCAAAGCUCAGAGAAGGUGAACGGGAGCUGUUUAAAGCAAAGGACGGCAUCCAGCUCAUCGAGGUGGACCUUCAGAGCAGCAGGAAAGAGAAAGAGAGACUCGCUGCAGAGCUGCAAAGACUGCAGAGCCUCACCUACAACGUGGACAAAAUGCAGAGAGAGAACCAGGACUUACAGAGGAGGCUUUCAGUGCAGGAGACUCAGCAGAGCCCUUCGGAUGACCUAAAGUUUCAGUGUCAGACUCUUACCAGACAGCUACAGGAGACUCAGGACAAGCUGGCAGCUGAAAAGAGACGUAAUGAGUAUUUGCAGGCGGAGAUGCAACAAAUCCGGGAUCAGCUGGAGAACGUGUGCAAAGCAUUGGAUGUCGAAAAACGGAAGAGCAGCAAAUUUGAGCUGCAAAUCCAUGAAGUUAAUGAAGUGUUGGCAGAUAAGAACAUCACCAUAGAGGAAAGGGAGUCGACCAUAAAUCAGAAAGACAAUCAGAUCACACUCCUGACACAAGAGAAGGAGGAGCUUGCUCGAGAAAACCAGACUCUCAAAGAAAACAUUCAGGACCUGCGUAGACUUUACACAGAGCCCCCUACGACUCCUGCAGAACCUUUGUACUUGCCGCCAGAUGACAACGCACCACCUGCUUCAACCCACGUUUAUGAAACCAUAGGACCAGAGGACGAGGAGUCACUGGUGUGUCGUCACUGCCGCGAGAGCUUCCCCGGCAUCACCCAGGACGAACUGGAUCAGCACGAGCAGUGUCACCGCGUCUGCCCCUUCUGCACGAUGCUCUGCGACGACAUGGACCAGGCCACGUUUGAAGAUCACGUCUACAGCCAUUAGGAGAGAGAGCGGCAGCAGCGUGGUUUGAAUAAGUCUUAAGAGAUGGGUGGUUAUAAAUUUAAAAGUAACUUCUUGGCUUCAACAUGUUGGCCUGCAGACACUGGAAACCUGCCUGUGUUACGUAAUCCUUCGCGGCCUGUGUUAUUGCAUUUAAAUAUAAAAACUUAAAAGUAGACUGCACAACUUCUCUGCUUACAUUUAGGCACGUGCACACACAGAUAUUUAGCUCUGCUGUUGGUAUUAACACACAAGGUGUCAAACAAGUCAGUUAAACUAGACUACAGCCAAACACCUCAUUAAAACCUACUUAGGACAUGCAAACUUCUGAAUGCACGCUUAAAAAUUCACACACACGUUAUAAAGACACACCCGUGGUGGUUUCACAUGAAUUUAAAGGCUAGUUGGUGAAUAAAUGCUAAACAUUAUGAAUAUGGGAGAUAUUUAGGCGCACAAACACUGAUGUUCAAGCCCUGCCACAUGCAAAACAUGUAAUGUUUUGCACCACAAAUUUGAGUCUACUUCUCCUCCCACUUUUCUUAAGUUUUUUCCACAGGCACUGGGUUGGCAAAGAAAUUGGAAAGUUGUGUGGAAAUUCAAGUUUCUUAAUAUUAUAGGCUUUAACUGUAUUGUAACGGUCCUCUAAUCAAUAAUCAUAAUGUGAUGCUUCACUGCUGCAGAAGCCUUGAGGCAGAUACCCCGUCUCAUUGGUGGUCGCCCUAACAUUGUGCUAUCAGAGUAUGUUGUUUUUGUUCUCCUAAGUCUCUGAAAUCAGGAAAGAAUAUCAGUCAUAUAUAAUGGAAGAAGUAUAGUUAUGAUAAAGACUCCACUCUGUCAUAUUUGCUAAAGAGAUGAUAGAUAAAAAUCUGGAAAAAGAACCUUAAUUUACCUGGCCUGAACAUCAUCAGGGCAGGAUUUUUAAAAACAAAAACACAAGAUGUAUCAGUUUUUUGCUCGUUUUUCUUUCCAGCACGAGCAGGAUGUGAUAUAAUCGAAAAAAGAAAAUGACCCCACUAGCAGUUUAAGAUCCCAUCUUUGUCUCAAAAUCUUAGUAGUCUUUAGUUUAAAACUGACUUUCAAUGUGAGAAAGUUUUUACUUUUGAAUGUAGCCAUCAGUGUAAUUUUAUUAAAUGAUCCUUGGAGUUGAUGAAUAUAGCAUUUUAGGGAAAGAUUUAAUAUUGAAACUUGAUGAAAUAUUAAAUAUAUUAUCCAGAGUUAUUAAUUUGUCUUUGCACUUAUCUGUAAGAGGAAAUUAUGAUCAGUUAUAACCAGGUCAUUUAUUUAACCAGGUUUCUGAUGAUUUGAACAUGUAAACUGACUGGUAACAAGUUUCAGUCAAAAGUCAUAUCAAGUAAUAAAUGUAAGUGCAUUUUAUUGCAGAAUAAUAAAAAAUGUGCAACAAAA